GUGUAUGUGUGUGCGCGCGCGAGAGUUCAAGCGGGUCUGGAGAAGCACCAUGAGAGUGGGAGCGAGCUUUGGUCUGACUGUCUGGUUUUCAGUAAAUUUGUUCGCCCGACCGCAUUCGCAGAUCACAAAGAAGGAUCAGUCGGAGUCUAUUAGUGGUACUGUUAAGUGACAGAAAGAUACUUGAGAUGAUUUCGAGGAAGAAAAUCAUUCUAAUGCUUCUUGUUUGUCUGUCGGGUGUGCUGUUGCUCGCGAACGCAACCAAAGUGUAAGCCGUAUAAUUAAUUCGAUUACUGAUAAGAUCCGGUAAUUGCCCAUCAUUUGGCACUUCCAUGACACAAACGGAACUUUUGCAAGAACUGGCGAACGAAUGUCGUUACGAUAAGAUGGUACGGCCUCCUGGAGUAAUUAAUGAGACGGAUCCGAUUAGAAUUUACACCAGAGCUUUUAUCUACACGAUAAAGUCCAACAUGGCCAAAACUCUGCAAUUUGAGGUGCAGUUAAUGCUGCAGUUUCGAUAUCUGGAUAAACGGCUGAAAUUUGCGGAUAUUGCUCCUUAUUUGACUCAAAUAUAUGGCGGUCAAAAUGCUCACGAGCUGAUUUGGACGCCUACUGUAUACGUCGCUAACGAGCGUACUUCAGUGGUAAUGGGGAGUGGCGUCAAAGAUCUGCUGAUUUCUAUCAGUUCUUACGGCAUGGUCAUAUUAAACACUAGAUUGGAAGCCACCCUCAACUGUGGUCUUCGAUUAGAGAAGUUCCCAUUUGACGUGCAAGAGUGUCCGCUGGUAUUCGAAAGCUGGACUCACAAUGUGAACGAAAUGGUAUUAGAUUGGGAUGAAAAUCCGAUUGUUAUAGCGGAUAAUUUAUAUCUGACGGAGUACAAACUUAUGGACAAGUGGGUCAAUCGCUCCUACACUUCAACGCAACAGCAUUAUGGACAUUUUGCCGGUAAUUUCAGCUCAAUAAGUAUUACGUUUAAACUGGCCCGUGAAAUGGGAUUCUUCAUGAUGGACUAUUACGUACCGUCUAUAUUGAUUGUGGUGAUUUCGUGGGUGUCCUUUUGGUUACAUGUAGAUGCGAGUGCGCCGCGGAUAGUUUUAGGAACAAAUACUAUCUUAGCGUUUAUGACACUCGCAUCGAAAGUUGAAAAUUCGUUACCGAAGGUCUCUUAUAUAAAAGCGAGCGAAAUUUGGUUCUUAGGCUGCACAAUAUUUUUGUUCGCAGCAAUGGUUGAGUUUGCCUUCGUUAAUACCAUAUACAGAAGAAAGAAAAAUGUGCCGUUGAAGAAAGUCAACAGCAAAUACAUUCUCAAGUCAACUCUGACGCCACGAUUAGCAAGAAAGCAAUUUCAGAAGAAUACAACGGGUUUGGAACGAUCGCGAUCAUGGUCAUCAUUAGACAACGCGAAUACGAGCAACGAGCAGGACUUUACAUGCCAGAAUUAUCUCACUGUACACAGUUUUCCGAGCACGAUCAACAUUCCAUCAGUAAGAGUAGAGGAAGAUAAGGAUCCGGAUCAUUCCGUUGGUAGUAUCACAACCAUUGAUAGCACGCCACCAACUAAACCAUUUCCACGCAGAGCAACUCUGGCCAAGUUACAAAAUUUCACGACAAUGACACCUCAGGAGAUCGCUCAAUGGAUUGAUAAACGCAGCAGGAUAGUAUUUCCUGUAUCAUUCAUUAUAUUCAACAUUUUCUACUGGUCUUUUAUAUGGAUCUGAAAUUGCGCUGCAAUGAACCUUCCUAUUUUUAAUUCAUUCUAAUGAAAAUUUCUUUUAGAAUUCUUCAUAUAAUUUUUUUUUUAGAGUUUCUAUGAAUAAAUGACAAAUAUUGUAAGAAUAUAUAUUCUCAUCAAUCGAACAUUAAAAAGGGUUCGUAUAAACAUGAGUUUAGAAACAUUUUGUUUGUAAAAUAUGAAGAAUUUUAUUGUAAAAUAGUAGAAUAUCUUGAAAACGAAGAAAUUAAUUUUAUCUUGAAAUAUGCCAGAAUAAAAUAUAAAAUAUCUUGUAAAUUAUUUAUUUUUGUAGUUAUUUACUUUAGUAAUACUUUUAUAUGAACAAUAUUUAGACGAAUCAUAUUAUAUAAAAUAAUUAUGUAAUUCUAUUUAAUAAAUGGAACUUUUCCAGCAGA